AUUAUACCUAAAUUAGUAGAAAUACAAAAGUCGAAUAAAAAUGAAGAUGAACAUCUUAUUCGCUUCUUUGGCUUUUUGGUGGCCAUUCGUGUGUCACGUCGCGAUGGCAGAAAUUAGCCUCAAUCAACUCGUCGACCAGAUACCGAAUGAGGUAUCAGAAAACGAUCCGACGAACAUCGAAGGAGGAAAUGAAGAACUUAACGAACUCAAUGAAGAACUUGGAGAGGAAGAAUGGGAAAAUGAAGAUGGUGCUCCGAGUACCGAAGAAGAAAUAGAAAAACAAGAGGAAGAAGUUAACAAACUGAUGGGAGAUGUUCCAGCACAGUGGACAAUAGAACUUCCAGCAACAACUGUGAAAAAAUCGGUCCCGAAACCCGGAAAAGUGUUGAAAGCUAUCAAAUUGCCAAAGGCUUUCAAGAACACAAUUUUAAUUGCUCACAAUCGUGCAAGAAUGACGACAAAGCCAUCUGCAAGCAAUAUGAGAAAAAUGACAUGGGAUGUUUCACUCGAAAAACUUGCUACUCGUUACACAAGAAAAUGUAUUUACGAACAUAAUCCGAACCCAAAGAACAAACGUUUCAAUUACGUCGGAGAAAAUUUAUUUAUUUCAAUGGGAUUACCUUAUAAUAGAAAAUUACUCGAUCACGCCGUCAGAGCUUGGGAUGGAGAAAAAACAGUCUAUGAUUAUGACACCAUGGGAUGCGAACCAGGAAAGAUGUGUGGACAUUAUACACAGGUUGUCUGGGCUGAAUCAUUCAAAGUCGGCUGCGGUGUGACAAUGUGCGGCAACAUCAAUGUACGCGGAAGGAUCUGGAAAAAUGCCAUCUUAUUCGGCUGCAAUUAUGGACCUGGUGGAAAUUUCCGCGGAGAAAAACCAUUCGUGUCUGGACCUCGAUGCUCCAAGUGCGACGGUCGGGAUAAAUGCAAAGCUAAAUUGUGCGCAAACAAUAUCAGAGAUCGAUUGUAUUUCAACCCUAAAAUGGCCAAGUGGACCAAUUGGUCCAAAUGGAGUACUUGCACAAAGACAUGUGGAAUGGGAAACCAGAGACGCACCAGAUUUUGCACCACAUACGUACCCACAGAUUGCGGCGGUUAUGGAAGCGAAGUAAAAUUCUGCAUGAACAAACCAUGCAAGAGUGAGAGCAAUGGCCUUUUCAAAUACGAGUUAGUUCUUGGGGACAACGAUAAUUUUCUCCCGGACAGUCUAAAAAAUCUUUUUUCCAAAGAAGCUAUGAAAUCGAUGUUUUUAAAAUCUUCUAAAUAAGGUUGUCAAAUUUGUUGUAGCGUCCAUUUCCAUUUCUUCGUUAGGGUUUAUCAUUUUUGCGUGCAUAAUCCAGAAAGAGCAGUAAUGGCGCUUACAAAGCAAUGUUCCAUUUCCAUCGCAUGCUUAGAGAUAAUAAACCUGACUGGUUCGGGAAAAUCCUUUCAAUUGGACAUUUUAGGAUUUACAACUACAAAUGUGACGACCACAGCUUGACUUACUUUCUGGUUAAUAAUGUGGAAUUGAAUGUAAUUUGUUGCUUUUUUAUUAUAUAUAUUGUCGGAAUUCGGAAUGUAAGAUUUUUUUUUAUUGUACGCAGGAUAUAGGAAUGUGUAUCGUGCAGGAAUAUUUAUAUUUUCAUUUAUUUCUUUUACAAAAGAUAAGCUACGAUUCUUCCAUCUAUUAUACUUAUUAUUUCAAUCUGUUUCAACUUUCAUAAUAAAACGCAAUAAUCCUCAU